UUUUUGUGUUCGGUCACCCUGGCUUGUCUCCCGAACUUCUGGUCACACUGAUUUGAAUUUCUGUAGCACAUCAACAAAAUGGCCGACAAAGCAGUGGAGAAGCCCGCCGGACGCCCCAUGAGGUAUCCGUACACGUUCUCGGCCAAGAUUGCCCAGUUCCCCAUCAAGCACUACAUUAAGAAUCAGUGGAUCUGGCGCUACUACUUCAUUGCAGCCGUCGCCUGCAUUCCCGUGUUCUACAAGAUCAGCAAAUUGGCCAACUCUCCCGAAAACAAGAAGGCCUGGGCUGAUUCUAAGGCUAAGGAGGCUGCUGAACACCAUCAUUAAAUUUAGAAGCUUGGCGGCGCUGCCAUUAAUUUAGUUGUUAAUAUUUGCGUCAACAUUUCAAAGCCGUUCUAGCUGGCUUUUAACACGAAUAAUUGAUUGGUGAAUAAAUUAUGUGAAAACAGA